AAUUGUUGAGAUAUUUCACUAAAAAACAAAAAAAAAAUCAACCUCUGGCCCUAAACAGGGAUCACCAAGGUGAGUAGGGCUCAUUGUCUGGGGAACAUGAAUGUCUGCACACAUUUUAAUGGAAAUCCAUCCAGUUUAGAUUCAAAUAUUAAGAUAUUUUAGUCUGGACCAAAGCGGUGAGAGUCCAACCAGCAAACGUCCAGGUUCUGGUAAAACUCUGGAGGCUGUAUGUUCAGCACAAAUGUAUUUGCAGAUUAAUUAUGAAUGAUAACUUAUUUAUUCACUUUAAUUAAUCAAAACAAGCCAGACUUUAAAAAAAAAAAAUACUAGAAACUUUCUCAGCACUGUUUAGAUCAGGAUGUCAAGUGUCUAAAAUAUAUUUAUGGUUGUGUACAUGGUCUCUCAACUCAUUACGCCCAGAUAAUACUGUCCAGUUGUUUUCUUCCUUUCCUGGUUUGAGUAAAAGGCCUUUUAGCAUUUAUAGCUCUGAACUGUUCAGGUCAUCAAUGAACAGCGGCAGAAUUCAAUGGAGGAUUGUCUCCAAAUACAAGAUUGGUCCAGAGUAAGCUUUGAAAGCCAGAGCCAGGAUAAGCAAUCAAUGAGUGACAAUUACUGAUUGAUAACUCUAUCAACCCUCUGCCUCAUACUGUAUGAGCUGUGAAGGUCUUUCUUAAUGCACCUUUAACACGCCACGGUGCUUUCAUUGAUCUCUGCGGGGAAAUCCUGUCUGCAGAGUGAGAGAUGAUCUACAAAGAGUAGCGGCAACUCUGAAGUCAGUAAUGUAUUGAUUUCUGGAUUUAUAACAGUGCUUCAAUUCUGAUUGAUACAUUAAGGACACCAAAAGCCUUUUUGGCCCCUAAGAGGAAUUGGAUUUGGUUCACAGCAUAUUGAUUUAAAUAUUGUGACCUACCUUGUGAAAUGCAAACAAAGCGGAUAUUAGAAACAUUUUUACUGGCUAUAAUUAGAAUGUGAUCAAUCAGGUAUUGGGAAGCAACAUGGAGGUCAGAGUUCAGAUUCAAAUCUAGAAGUUUACUGCCAAACUCCUAAUAUUCUUCCUGGGAAUUCUUCAAUCAUUAAGAUCAGAAAGUAUGUGAAAUAAAAUUUUGUUAUAACUGAAAACCAAAAGAUUUAAAAUGUGUUUUCAGGAUAUAUUCACAUUCAUGUAUUUUUUAUAGUAUGAUAUUUAUAGUGUUUAAAAUGUCAAAGAUAAUGUCAAGCAUCGCAACAAAAACUGUACCAUGUACAGUAUUUAGCAAAAAUCAAGCAUAUCAAAGUUGUAUCCAGCAAUGAUUGCUCAUUUUUAGCCAUGACAGCAACAUAGCAUCUAGCUAAUGUUAGCCUACUAAUUGUCAUUUUGCAUUCAGCUCAAACCAAGGUUGAGUCUGAGUACAGCUGAACCUGAAAUGUUCCAAAUUGGCCACCGUAAUGAUGAUAAACCCAUUUGGUUUACAUAAAAACAAGAAAUUAUGUGAAAACUUUUUCUAGGGACAUUUGGGGGAGGAAAAACUUCUUUUAACUUAGUUUUAUAUCAAACAAAUAAAUAAAUAAAUUCCACUAUGAUAUGAACAUAGAACCAGUUAGCUAACUCUGAAAAUUGGGGUUGAAAAAAUAAUUGUAACUCGAGAUAAAUUUUCUCGCUAGCCUUGCAUUGAUAUUGUUUUGUCAAACUGCUAUUUUCGUAAUAUAAAUAGGAUUAAGAGGUUUCUGUGAAUAGGCGUAAACUAAAUGUUAAUCUUUCACUGUACUGGACAGUAAAUAAACUUGUCACUUAAUCAAGAUAAGAUAAACAACAAUUACUUUGUUAGCAUUCAGCAGCUACAGUGAGCUGUAUUAGCCAAAACUUUGUGAGUACUGUUUUUUAAUGCUACCAUUAAAUCUAGUUUUAAAUACUAAAUUGAUCAUAAUUAUGCUAAUGUCCAACAUAGCAUAGAAGUUACCCAUUCAACCAACUUAGAAUAUGAACAGAAAACCCCAGAUAUAUUAUGUUUUUUACUUUUUAAGGCAGAGGCUAACUUAUUAGCAUUCAAAAUGGCCUCUGCACUGCAGAUACAUUUUUCAUAAAAACAAGAAAUUAUAUGAAAACUUUUUCUGGGGAAUUUUUGGGAAGGACAAACUUCCUUUAUCCAUUUUUUUAACCACUUAUCUCUAGAGGGUUGUGGGGAACUUGAACCAAUCUCAACUGACAUUGGGCGAGAGGCAGGGACUGGUCACCAGUUAAUCACAGGGCUAACAUCUAGUAUAGAGACAGACAACCAUUCACACAUACGGGCAAUUUAGAGACACCAAUAAAUCUAAGUUGUUAUUUUCAUAAUAGGAAAAGGACAAAUGCUUAUCUUUAACUGUACAGGGCAGUAAAAUUUGAUAACCUUGACAUUUAACUAAGUUAAAUAGAAUUAUUUAUGUUAGCAUUCAGAAGCUAAAGCUAGCUGUUUCAGACAAAACUUUGUGAUGACUGUUGUUUUGGUUGCUAGUUUUAAAUACUAAACACGUUGUAAUUACACUAUUGUCCAACAAAACCAAGAUAUGUUAUGUUUUUUUUCUUUUUAAGGUAAAGCCUAGCUUAAAAAGGAGACAACAGAGUGAGAUAUCUGUCUAUCUCAUGUUCUGUUUUUCUUUUUUUUAUUAAACGGCACUUUUAACACCGAGUGUGACUUCUGUUUUCUCCUCCUCCUCUCUGACAGCAGCAGGGCGGAGAGACGGAGGGAGGAGGAGGAGGAGGAAGAGGAGGAGAAAGAGGAGGAGAAACAGGAGAGGAGGAGUGCGGACUAGCACCGGCGUACAGGACUGUAGGGAAGCAGAAACGGAGGGUUGAAUUUUUCCUCCUUGGCCGGGCGGUGGGAGGAGGUGGUGGACGGUGUUUAGGAAGGAUAAACUGAGCCUGAAGCCGCCGGGGGAGGGAGACCUGGAGUCGGUCUGCUGCUGUAACCCGAGACAGCAUCAACAUGGAGCUGGAGAACAUCGUGGCCAACACGGUGCUGCUGAAAGCACGGGAAGGAGGCGGUGGAAACAGAAAAGGAAAGAGUAAGAAAUGGAAGCAGAUGCUGCAGUUCCCCCACGUCAGUUUGUGUGAAGACCUGCGACAAACCACAGAGAAGGACUACAGCAGCCUCUGUGAGCGGCAGCCGAUCGGACGAUUACUGUUCAGGCAGUUCUGUGAGACUCGACCUGAGCUGAGACGCUGCGUCAAGUUCCUGGACGCCGUGGCGGAGUACGAGGUGACUCCAGAUGAGAAGAGGAAGGAGUGCGGUCAGGAACUCAUCGACAAAUACUUCAACCCAAAGUCGGAGGACCACGUGCCUGAGGUGGAGGAGGCCAUGAUGGCUCAGUGCACUGAGAGGCUGCAGCAGGAGGCCUGCAAAGAGCUCUUCAAGGACUGUACCAAAUUGAUCCACGACUACCUGAGCGUGGCGCCCUUCGCAGACUACCUCGACAGCAUGUACUACAACAGGUUCCUUCAGUGGAAAUGGCUGGAGAGGCAACCUGUGACGAAAAAUACAUUCCGACAGUACAGAGUUUUAGGGAAAGGAGGUUUUGGUGAGGUGUGUGCGUGUCAGGUACGGGCCACAGGGAAGAUGUACGCCUGCAAGAAGCUGGAGAAGAAGAGGAUAAAGAAGAGGAAAGGAGAGUCCAUGGCGCUCAAUGAGAAACAGAUCCUGGAGAAAGUCAACAGCAGAUUUGUAGUGAGUUUAGCGUACGCCUACGAGACGAAGGACGCCCUCUGCCUUGUGUUGACCCUCAUGAACGGAGGAGACCUGAAGUUUCACAUCUAUCACAUGGGCGAGGCGGGUUUCGACGAGAAGAGAGCCGUCUUUUACUCUGCGGAGAUCUGCUGCGGUCUGGAGGAUCUGCACCGAGAACGCAUCGUCUACAGGGACCUGAAACCAGAGAACAUCCUGCUGGACGACCACGGCCACAUCAGGAUAUCAGAUCUGGGUUUAGCAGUUCAUGUACCGGAAGGACAGACCAUCAAGGGCCGUGUGGGAACAGUAGGAUACAUGGCUCCGGAGGUGGUGAAAAACGAGCGCUACACCUUCAGCCCCGACUGGUGGGCGCUGGGCUGCUUGCUGUAUGAGAUGAUCGAGGGUCAGUCGCCCUUCCAGCAGAGGAAGAAGAAGAUCAAGAGGGAGGAAGUGGAGCAGCUGGUGAAGGAGGUGAAGGAGGAAUACUCCAGCGUGUUCUCCGAGGACGCCAAGGCCCUCUGUAAAAUGCUGCUGGCCAAAGAUCCUGCAGAGAGGCUGGGCUGUCAGGGAGGUGGAGCCUCAGAGGUCAAAGCCCAUCCCAUCUUCCGCUCCAUCAACUUCAAACGCCUGGAGGCCGGCAUGCUGGAGGCGCCUUUCAUCCCUGAUCCGCAGGCCAUCUACUGUAAAGACGUGCUGGACAUCGAGCAGUUCUCCACAGUGAAAGGAGUAGAGCUGGAGCCGAAAGACGAGUCUUUCUACAGCAAAGUGUCCACAGGCAGCGUCUCCAUUCCCUGGCAGAACGAGAUGAUCGACACCGAGUGUUUCACCGAGCUGAAUGUUUUCUACCAGGACGGGACGGUUCCUCCUGACCUGGACUGGAGAGGACAACCGUCUCCUCCCCCCAAACAGGGACUCCUGCAGCGGCUGUUCGGCAGACAGGACUGCUGUGGUAACUGCAGCGACAGCGACGAGGAGCCCACCAGGCUGUGACACACACACACACACACACACACACACACACACACACACACACACACACACACAGGAUCUCAUUUGUUUACAACUUUUGCACAUUUGUAUUUUUAAAAUAGUACUAUCUCUAAAUGUCAGAAUGUAUAUUUUCAGCAUAGCCAUAAUGUUUAAUGUUAUUUAAAAGAAAAGUGUGAAAUAUCGGACGCGUUCCAAACCAGGAGACGAGGACGGACAGAAAAUGAGUAGAUUUUUUUUUUUGUUGUUGUUGUUGUGUUUAUUUUACUGUUUGUUGUCCAGGGAAGGCUUUGCUUUCACUUUUCGUCCAUUGUUACUGAAGCGGGAGCUGCUGCGAGCAUCUCCGCCGGAACAAUCGCCUGCUGUAAAAGUGCCUUGCUCGAGGGCACCGUGACAGUGGUUAUAAGGGAGGACUGAGCGUUCCGCCAUCUCUUUACCCACUUUGUCCAGGGAAUCAAACCAGUGACUUUCAGCUCAUGACCUCUUUUCUUUAUCCACCAUCCAUUCUGCUGUGACCAACUUCACUCCA